AUGGAAGAUAUAUUUCAGUGGUGUAGAGAAGGAAAUGCACUACAGGUGCGAGUUUGGCUGGACGACACCGAACAUGACAUGAAUCAGGGUGAUGAUCAUGGCUUUAGUCCUCUCCACUGGGCAUGUAAGGAAGGUCACCUCAAGAUUGUGGAGAUGCUUAUUCGCCGCGGGGCCAGGAUUAAUGUGACGAAUAUGGGGGAUGAUACCCCACUACAUUUGGCAGCAGCACAUGGCCACAGACCUAUUGUUCAGUUGCUGCUACAAAACCGCGUUGAUGUGAACUUCACAAACGAGCAUGGUAACUCGCCCCUCCACUACGCCUGUUUCUGGGGUUACAGCGCCAUUGCUGAAGACCUGCUGUUGGCCGGAGCACUUGUGUCACUUGCCAACAAAGAUGGCGAUACUCCACUUGAUAAGACUAGAGGACAGUUAGUGCAGAGACUACAUGAAAUUGCGACGCAGCAAGGUCAAGACCUGAAGAAGAUUCAGUUUAAAGACCAGUCUUGGUUAGGUUUGAAGACGCGAAGCAGAGAUGCUACUCUGUCCAGACACAAAGGCAUCAACAUCAAUGAGCUAUCUCUACACACUAGGAUUGCUGUGACACCUUCAGGUGAAACCUGGCGUGGUCGUUGGCAGAAAAACGAUAUUGUCGCGAAGAUCCUGGCAGUUCGUGAAUGCACCCCGCGUAUACAGCGCGACUUCAAUGAGGAGUUUCCCAAACUCAGGAUAUUUUCUCACCCUAACAUUCUACCUGUUGUUGGUUGCUGCGUUUCUCCACCAUCUCUGGUGGUGAUAUCACAGUACAUGUCGUGGGGCUCCCUCCACUCCCUCUUGCACGGUGGGGGAGCGGGAGGGGCAGGAGGGUCCCUGGUGCUGGACGCUCACGCCGCGAUAAGGCUGGCGCACGAUGUAGCCUUGGCUAUGAGGUACCUCCACAGUCUGCAGAAAGACAAGAUAUUGCCCACCUACAAUUUGAAUAGCAAGCAUAUUAUGAUCGACGAGGACCUGACGGCGCGCGUGAACAUGGCGGACGCGAGGUUCUCGUUCCAGUCGCGCGGGCGGCUGUACGCGCCGGCCUGGCUCGCGCCCGAGGCGCUGCUCAAGGCGCCGGCGCAGCGCAACCUGGAGGCCGCCGACAUGUGGAGCUUCGCCAUCCUGCUGUGGGAGCUCGCCACCAGAGAGGUGCCAUUCGCGGACUUAUCUCCCAUGGAGUGCGGUAUGAAAAUAGCCCUGGAAGGUCUCCGCGUGACGAUCCCGCCGGGCAUCUCGCCCCACAUCGCCAAACUGAUCAAGAUCUGCAUGAACGAAGACCCCGGCAAACGACCCACCUUCGAGAUGAUAAUACCCAUACUCGAGAAAAUGAAACGCUGA